CCCCAAAUCUCCUCCUCCGCCCUUCUCCAACGUUUUGGUGUCGCCAUCCCAUUUGAUCUGCUUUGGUUUUCAUUAUUUUUUUUUUUCAUUCUCUUGUUUUUGUUUGUUUAAAAUAGCGGGAGGUUUGGAUAUGGACAUCGGAUUGUUUGUAUUGAUGGAAGGGAUUUGAUGGAUUUCCUUGCCGAAAUCCAAGGAAAGAUCGGAGUUUUAAGGCUUCUAUCGGAGAUCCUGUGAGUAUUCGGAAGGAAAGGUCGAAUCUUUUGGUUUCUGGGCUUUGUUUUCCUUGGUAAAUGGCUUCCUCUCCUGCGGCCAUGGCCAUGUCCUCGUCCUACUGGUGCUACCACUGCCGCCGCUUCGUCAGGCUCUGGCCCCACGACGCCAUCGUCUGCCCCGACUGUGACGGCGGAUUCCUCGAGGAGGUGGAGAACCCUCCGCGUUUCGGCGUUGCAGCCGGCGAGCCCCGCCGGCUCCGCUUCCCUGUUUCCCGGCCCUACCACCAACGCUCCGACCUUCGGUUCCGCCGCCACCGUGGCACCUCCGCGGGCGACCGCUCCCCCUUCAACCCGGUCAUCGUCCUUCGGGGCCCGGCCGAGGGUGACGGCGGGGACGCCGACCGCUCUCCUGCCAGCAGCUUCGAAUUCUAUUACGACGAUGGGGCGGGAUCCGGCCUCCGCCCCUUGCCGGAGAGCAUGUCGGAUUUUUUGAUGUCUUCAGGUUUUGAGCGGCUCCUGGACCAGCUCUCCCAAAUCGACAUCCAUGGUAUUGGCGGUGGUCGGGCAUGCGAGCAACCGCCCGCAUCGAAGGCUGCUGUGGAGUCGAUGCCCACCGUCCAGAUCGCGGCCGGCCAUAUCAAGAUGGACAUCCACUGUGCCGUCUGCAAGGAGCCGUUCGAGCUCGGGACCGAGGCUCGGGAGAUGCCCUGCAAGCAUAUCUACCAUCAAGAUUGCAUCUUGCCAUGGCUUUCGCUCCGGAACUCUUGCCCUGUGUGCCGUCAUGAGUUGCCCACUGAUGUGCGUGGACGGAGUGGGGUGGAGACGGACGGUGAUGAACAAGCUCCCCUGGGUAGGAACGAGGAGGAUUUGGUCGGCCUCACGAUAUGGAGGCUGCCGGGUGGUGGGUUUGCGGUUGGGAGGUUCUCAGGGGGGAGAAGAGCAGGGGAACGGGAGCUUCCAGGAGUUUACACGGAGGUGGAUGGUGGAUUCAACACCACCAGUGGUGCAGCGAGAAGGAUCUCGUGGACCUCAAGGGGGAGUCGGUCCAGGGAGAGCGGAGGAAUUGGUCGGGCUUUUCGCAAUUUCAUCUCUUUUUUCAGGCGCUUCCGCCCAUCUUUCUCCACUUCUUCAAGAUCAACUUCAGAUUCUGGUUCCACGCACCGCAGAAGUUUGGUCUUCAGUCGGAGUUCACGGAGGCACAGUUCAAGUUGGGCAUUGGAAGAUGGGAAUAUUAGAGCAAUCACAAGAUGGUGACAGAAGAAAGUGGAGGAAAAUUUGCCUUUCUUUGUGUCUAGUUUUUUCAUUUCAUCUUACCAUAGUUGUAGUAACUGUUUUCCUGUUUCAUGUAAGAGGAGGAAAAUAGGAUCUUAAUAGAUGGAGAUCCAAGUGUUUUACCCCAUAAUUCUAUCAUAGAUAGAAGAUAUUCAAGAGAAAAAAAAUGCAGUUUGCUUCUAUUGUUUC